CGCCUGGGGGCGCUGCUCCCAAGCGGUGCGGGGCAGAGAGGCUGCCGGGAGCCGCCAUUUUCUCAGCGUGAGCCGCCGGAGCGCUUCCCGCAGCCGGGGCCGGUGAGGAGGGUGCGUGGCGCGGAAUUUGAAAGAGGAGCCCUACAUAUGCAGAGAUGACGUGUAAUGGCCCGCAUAGCUCCAAACCUGGUGCCACGCCAGCCGCUGCCGGCAGCCAGGAGUGGACGCAGGAACGCUGCCGACUGGGAACCUUUGUGGAGUUUCCGCCUGAUUGUCCAGUUUCAGCAUCAGCGCUGGCUCGAGCUGGCUUUGUUUAUACUGGAGAAGGUGAUAAAGUCACGUGCUUCAGUUGCCAUGCGACUGUUGAAGGAUGGGAGCCCGGGGAUUCUGCGAUUGACAGACACAAAAACCUUGCCCCGGAUUGCAGAUUUAUUACUGAGUCUGCUUUUUUGGAAAAUGAUGUACAUCCUCUUGUGCAGAGCCACCGGCAUGGAACUGAAAAUGGCUCCAGCGAUUUAGCCCUCUCCUCUGCUCUGGAGGACUCUUCUGAUGUGGAGGCAGAUUACCUGUUGAGAACCAGGCAGGUUGUGGACAUGUCCGAUACUUUGUAUCCUAAAAACCCUGCUAUGUGCAGUGAAGAAGCCAGACUGAAGUCCUUUCACAACUGGCCGCCCUAUGGCCUGUUGACGCCAAAGGAAUUAGCUAGCGCAGGACUCUAUUAUACAGGUGUUGGAGAUCAAGUUGCUUGUUUCUGUUGUGGUGGAAAACUGAAAAACUGGGAACCUGGGGAUCGAGCUUGGUCUGAGCACAAGAGGCAUUUUCCCAAAUGCUUUUUUGUCCUGGGUCGGGAUGUUGGAAAUGUUUCAACUGAAUCUAUUUGUGCCGAGCUUGGGAGAAGCUGUCUCAACAACGAGCAGCAUCCCAGGAAUCCAUCCAUGGUGGAAUAUGAAAGGCGGAUACAAACGUUUGUAACUUGGAUAUACCCUGUUAACAAGGAACUACUUGCCGAAGCGGGAUUCUACAGCACAGGUAAUGGUGAUCAUGUUGUGUGCUUCCACUGCGGUGGAGGAUUGCAAGAAUGGAAGGAAAAUGAAGACCCGUGGGAUCAACACGCCAAGUGGUUUCCUGGGUGCAGGUUCUUGAGAGAGAAAAAGGGACUCGAAUUUAUAAAUAAUGUUCACUUAAGAGAUGGAUGUAGGGAUUCAACAAUAGAACCUGCUGAAGUUACAAUACUUCCUAAAGAUGAUCUCUUACAGAAUCAUUUGGUACAGAAUGCCAUACACAUGGGUUUCAGUUUGUCUGAGAUUAGGAGCAUUAUGGAAAAGAAGUUGCAAAUGUCCGAAGAAAGCUAUACGUCUGUUGAGGAUCUGGUAGCAGACUUAAUAAGUGCUCAGAAGGAAAAUGUCAAGGGAGAACCACCAAAAGAAAGCCCACUUGAGCAAGAUCUCAGUAUUGAAGAGAAGUUGAGACGCUUGCAGGAAGAGAAGCUGUGUAAAAUCUGUAUGGCUAAGGACAUAUCAGUAGUCCUCAUUCCCUGUGGUCACCUGGUUGCUUGUAAGGAAUGUGCUGAAGCAGUUAAUAAAUGUCCUCUGUGUUGUACAAACAUUAUAAAAAGACAGAAAAUUUUUAUGUAUUAGUGAAAUGUACAGUACUGCAGAUGCAACUGUUCCCUGCUUGCUUUCUUUAAACGUGUGUAACGUGGUAACAGCCGGUUGGGUGCUCACCAGUCUAGCACACACGGCGCAUCUCGCUUGGGAGAUAACGUAAACAGGCAAGCUUUAAUCAACGCCCUGGAACACGAGUCGACUGUCAGAAGCUGCUAGAUUUUUGUUUGGAGCACUCGUAUUCUACUGCCUCCUCAGUGCUCUCCUUACUUCUUGUGCUUUCACUUCAAAGUUGUGAUUUAGAAUAACUGUCAUUGUAUUUUCAGAGCUAUUUGUUUGUGUUCACACUUCUAAUCUUCUGCAAAUUCAGGCGUUAAAUGUACAUAUAUUCUUUCAGGAAAUGGCCUAGGAAAACUGGGUGUUUUGAUUGAGUAGCACUGAUGCUGCGUUUUUUCCCCCACUAACGGAUUUGGGAAAUGAGAGAGAGUAUAUAAAUAGCAGAAAAAAAAGCUACUUUUUAUAGACUGUGCUUCUACUAAUUACCAUUUGCUCAGCUCAUUUAUCAAAAAUAGACCUGCUUAAUUCUCUCUUCUUUUGGGACCAAGGGUAACAGCCUCAUCAGUGGAAACAAAUUGCUUUAGGGUAAUUUUUAUAUUGUUAUUUUGAAUAUUCAGAUGUCUGAAUAGCUUUUCUGAGGUUACAAUUCUUUCUGAUUCAUUGGAUGCUACUUGAAAUCUUUCAUCUUUAUGCAUCUUAUCCCCUACUCAUCCACUGUUACUAGUUUGAAAAACAUCAGCUAAAACAUCUUUUCAUUUUAUUCUUGUCACUUGCCUGUCUUAAGAGUUAAAUAACAUCAGUUGGAGCAGCUUUGCUGUAGGUUCUAUGUCUUCUAGCUACAAUUGUCUGUGAUACUUUGUAGAUCAGUAAUUUUAACUUUAUUGCCACUAAAGCUUGUCUAUCUAUUUUGUCAUUCUUGUUUACACUGGUAAGCCUCUGCAACCAGUCUCAAAUAAUAAUUAACAGGCUAAACAAACAUGAGCAACACAGAAAAUAGCUCAGAAUAGCAUUGAUUUUCUUCUCUUUUCUUCUUAGAUUGACAAGUUAGCAACACCCUCGGAAUUAAUGGACCCCUUUAAAACUACUUUAAGCUUUAAAAAUUCCCUAACUGCCUCUGGAUGGGUAUGACUAAUGAAAGAUGGAAACUGUAACUGAUGUUAAUCGUGAUGUUAGUCAGAACGCUAAUUCCUAAGUUCAUGUGAUGUGCUACCUACAGACAUAAAAUACAGACAAUCCUAGGAUGGAACGACGUGGCAGUAUUUAGGUUUUUCUGCUGUCAAACUACAUGUAUUUAAACACUUUUAAAAUUAUUUUUCUUUAUUGAGUUUUUCUGUGUCAAAUGCAAUUUUGAAAACAUAUAACAAACAUAACUCCUGGUUUGAGAAGACCUGGUUUGGCAAAGCCUAAGCAAUGCAGAGCUUUAUUUAUGUCCUCGUUCCUUUGUUUCACUGUGGAGGGACUCUGUAUAACUGAGGUUUAUGCAAACAGAGUUGUUUAAAGAAUCGGGCUCUCUAUAAAACUUGUACGUACUCAUUUUUGAAACUCUGGCUCUCAUUUGUAUGCAUAUCAGCUCAGGUUCUAGCAUCUCAAACACGCUGUAUGAUUGAAAAUGUUAGUUCUGUAGCUUUGGUUGCGACGUAAUUCAGAGAAUAUGUAAACCUGCUGCUGAAAGAUUUUACUUUGUUCCUGCUACUUUGCCAGUUUUUCUGUUGUGAUCAAUAGUUCCUGUAUCCCCACUUACUAUUUCUGUGGUUGCUGUAUAAAUUGGCCUCAGAAAACUGGCUUUAGUCUUCUGCUUUUCUCUACACGUCCCUCUGUCUACGUAUAUAUGUAUAUAUGUCAUUCCUUACAAGUGGACUCAACAGAAAUGAAGGAUAUUCUACAUACCUCGUGCCCUUCAUUAUGGCAGGAGCUAUCUUGCUUUAAAAUUCCCCCAUGCCCAUGAGACGUUCAACGUGCGUUUGCCUCGUGUUUAUAACGUUUAGCAUUAUCCUAACUCACUUUUCUGCUGGUAUUUUAAGUAUAGCUGGUUUACAGUAGCACUAAUUAUGUGACUUCCUAUUUCUGUGGGCACACUAAUGUAUUCUGUGUACAUAGAAAACUUGGGUCCUACACACUGAGUAAUAUAUUUGAUUAAUGAUACUUUAUAAAGAAUAUAUAGUUUUUCACACGAUGAAAGUUUUAAAUCCAAUAUACAGAAAUGUAAUGUCUCUAUUUUUUGUUAGAUAUUUGCUAUGAUUAUAUGAGAUUUCACAGAACUGACAUGUUGCUCCGGUGCAACGUUGCGUCUAUUUAAAAUAAAGUGCAAUCCGGUUACUCUCA